AUGUCGUCCUCGGCCUUUUUCGCCACUUCGUACAAGCCACAGGUCCUCUCCCGCCAGGAGGGCUUCCACCUCCCCUCCCCCGCUCCCUCCGCAGGCAACCCCCCUUCCCCGCCCUCGUCCCACGGCACCCCCGCAACCAAUCCACACUCCUCUGCAAACGGCCAGCCCUCCGCCGCAAACAACUUCGAUCCCAGCAAUCUCUUCCUGCCCCCCUUCCUCUCCAUCCCAGACCCCUUCCGCAAGUUCCCUACUGCACCAGACACCAUCUCCUCCAUGGACUUUUCCGACGAGCUCGCCAGCCUCAUCGGUUCCCCUACUGAGCACCCGCAGCAGCAGUCCCACGAGCGGUCCACCUCCCACUCCAAUGGCCAGCCAAACGGCGCGUACGACGACUACCGCCCGCCCACCCACAACAUCUUCGACAUCUCCGCGCCCACCUCCCACCACCACCAUCACGCACAAUCCCACCACCAACAGCCCCAUUCGCCCUUUGGCCCCGGCCAAGGCGCAGCUGCCUUUUCCCUCCCCCCGCCCUCCACCCUCUCCCACUCGCACUCCCAGCAGUCCGGGCCCAACGGCCUCCACGACUUCGCCCACGCCAACUUCAACAGCACCCUCCCCGCCCUCGGCUCCUCCAUGCGCUACGAGCCGCCCCCGCACUCGCCCUUCACCCUCACCGCCCCAUCCCUCUCCCACUCGCACUCGCACUCCCACGCGCACGCCCACUCGCUCGGCGGCGAGCCCUCCUCCUUCUCCUCGCACCUCUCCUCCCUCACCGCGCUCUCCCCCUUCUCCACCAUCACCGCCAACGGGCCGCCCGCCGGCGCCGCGGACAUCCUCUCGGGGCCCGCACAGGCGCAGUCCCCGUCCCCGUCCUUCUCCCGCUCGCGCUCGCGCUCCCAGACGCGCACCGCGCUCGCCGAGCCGCCCAGCACGCACGGCGGGCCCGCGCGCCGCACGCGCGCGAAGCGCGGCAGCGUGAGCAGCGUCAGCCCGCCCCCGCUGCACCGCGGGCACACGCAGCCGCUCGUCAUCCCCGGCAGCGUCCGCGGGCCCGCGAGCCCGCUCGGGCUGCACGGCGGCGGCGGGUGGCUCGGGCAGGGCGAGUUCAGCUUACCUACGCCAGACAGUGUCCAUGGUGGAUUCAGCGCGUUCACGGGCGGGCAUUCGCACGGGCUGGGCGUGAGCCCGAAGGACGUCGGCGUGGGCGUGGGCGUGGGCGUCGGGAUGGGCAUGAUGGGCAAGGGCGGCGAGAGCCCGCCGGGCGACAUGGCCACAAAACAGGCGCUGAUCGCGAACGAGAAACGGCGCCGCCGGCGCGAGUCGCAUAACGCCGUCGAGCGGCGGCGGCGCGACAACAUCAACGAGAAGAUCUCGGAGCUCGCGACGCUUAUCCCCGAGUGUCUCCUGGACCCGAAUGCGACGUUCACGAUGCCUGCGUCGCUCUCGGCGCCGGGCGAGGACCUCCUCUUUGGCACCGGUGCGAAGGGUACCGGGGCAGCGCCCAGCAUGGGCGCAGACGCCGGGUCGACUCCGCCUGCGGAGAAAAAGGACGGCAGCGCAGAGCCGGACGAAAAGGACGGCGGCGAGCAGGGCGGGAUCGUGAAAGCGAACAAAGGCAUGAUCCUGCGCAAGAGCGUCGAGUACAUCCGGUAUUUGCAGCAGCUCGUGUCCGCGCAGGCGUCGCGCAAUCGCGACCUGGAGCAGCAGCUGCAGGUGUUCCGCACGGGCGGGGACGCGGGCGUGGGCGUGGGCGUAGAUGGCACGAGCGGGGCCGUGGACGAGGACGGCGCGCUGGUGCUGCAUGAGGAGGUGGUCGGGGACUUUGCGCUGGGGCUGCAGCAGCAGUACGGCAGCGGCGGCGGCGUCGGCGUGGGGCGCGGCGGGCGGAAGCGGUUCAGCGGGUUCGAGCUGGAGAGCGUGGAGGAGAUGGAGAUGGACGUGGGGGAGGACGGCGAUGGCGACGCGGACGCGGAUCAGGACCACGAGAUGGGGAAGAGCCCGAGCGCGGACGGGGAGAGCGUGGAGGACGAGGGCGAGGAGGAGGAGCGCGGGCGGAAGGGGCGCGACGGGCGGCCGGUGGGGAGCGUGAGCUUGGGCGCGAAGGCGAAGCCGCCAGGGCUGGAGGGCGUGAAGGUGAAGGAGGAGGGCGAGAUGGAGACGUCGUAA